AUAUUUUUAGGUUACAAUGCGCAUCACACUGCCCUUUGUUAUGUAGACAGAAAAAAGAUAGCCUGCUUACUUGCAUGGAAUGGCUGGUGGCGCUAAAAGAUGUCGAAGCAGAAGCAAUAAACCAAAGCAAGUCGAUAAAUCUCGCUCAGGAAGAUCGACACAACAGCAAAAAACUAGCAAUUUCCGGCGUCGUGGACCCGAGAACCACGUCGAAUCACGUCAAUUAGAUCACCAAGAAAAUGGGAAAAGCAAAAGCAGAAAACGCACCAACGGAAAUUGUGAAAAUUAUCCCGAAGAACAUUCCAAAACGAAGUGGCGAAAAUCAAGCAGUAGUGUGUCCAGAUCGAGAUCUGGGUCAAGCGGUAGCAGAAGUUUUGAGAGUUACAAGAAUGGACCACGAGCUGAUGCUGAUAACCAUUUGGUUUAUUGGAGUGGGGACAUAAUCGGCCAUAGAUACCAGAUUUUGAGUACCAUAGGGGAGGGAACAUUUGGAAAAGUCGUGCUGUGCAUGGAUAAAAAGAGCAAAGAGAAAGUGGCUCUGAAGGUGAUCAAAAGAGUCGAUAAGUAUUUUAGAUCAGCCAAAAUUGAGAUAGACGUACUAAAAGAAAUCCUGAAAAGGGAUCCGAAAUUGCAACAUCGUUGUGUGAGGUUAUUGGACCAUUUCGAUUAUCACGGGUUCAUGUGUUUGUCAUUUGAGGAGCUCGGUGUUAGCGUGUAUGACUUUUUGAAUGAGAACGAGUAUGUGCCUUUUCCAAUGGAGCAUGUCAAGGCUAUUUCUUAUCAGCUGAUAGACUCGGUUGCAUUUCUUCAUCGGCACCGGAUUAUACACACUGACUUAAAACCAGAGAACAUUUUGUUUGUGAACUCGGAUUGGGAAAAUGUUUAUAACAGAAGAUUAAACAAAAAUGAAAGAAGAGUUAAAAGCGCAGAGGUGCGUCUGAUUGACUUCGGCUCAGCUACUUACGCCAAAGACAGUCGCCACUCUACUGUCGUUAGCACCAGACAUUACAGAGCACUGGAAGUGAUUCUUGAACUGGGUUGGGACGAGAAGUGCGAUGCGUGGAGUGUGGGUGCAAUCAUGUUUGAACUACACACCGGCGAUGCCCUUUUCCAGACUCACGAUAACUGGGAACACCUCGCCAUGAUGAAGUAUAUCUUGGGUCCAUUUCCACAGCAGAUGGUGAGUAAGACGAGGAAGCGAAAGUACUUUCGGCGCCACGGAGAUCUAGACUGGGACUUCGAAGAAGACAGCACAAGUAAUUGUAGAAUAAAAUCUAUGUGUAGACCCCUCACAGACUGCAUAGUUCACAGAAGUUCAAUCGGAAACGAUGAUGACAACAAAGGUUUGUUGCAAGUAAUCCAGGGACUGCUCGCUUAUCAGCCUUCAAGUCGAUUAUCCAUGAGACGAUGUUUGAAACACGGCUUUUUCGAUUCUGUGCGCCAGAUUUACCAAGUUAAAUAGCAAAAAAAAAAACAGUUUUAUAAUGUGUUUGGUAAUUUCGUUUUAAUUCUUAUUUAAUUCAUGUUAAUUCAUUUUUCUAUUCCUG